GCAUGCGCACUCGGUGUAAACAGGAAGAAACGACUAAAACCAGGGCAAAUCUACCAUAAAGAGAAGAAAAUGAUCGGAGAAAACCGACCGAACGGCUUGUUCUUCUUUAAAUAUUAACCAACAUAAACGAUGUCCUAUACCACCUGUUAGCAAUUUCGAUUACAUCUUGUAGAACCAGUGACUACAUUUUGGACAGUUUUGAUAGACUCGCUGAUACCGUACGCUAGCUAACGUUAGACAGACAGUGACGCGAUCUAUUUCCUCCAGGUUUUGCUUGGUUGAAUCUGCUGCUUAACUACAUUAAAAAAAAUUACUCGGUGCUUUCUGCAUUCUUCUGAGUUUGUUGGGUUUUCGUCGAGGGAAAUCUCUAACAAUGGUACAGAAAGAAAAAACGUUAGAGGCGCCUCAAGUGGAGGGCGAGCCGAGCCCCAGCCCAGUCUCCGGAGAUUCUUGUGCCGAGGCCCCUGGCCCAGUGGAAGAGUCCAGCAUUGGAGUCGAGCCGACGGGUCACAGAAAAUUCAUAAGUGGAGUCGUGGAAGGCUUUUACGGUCGACCAUGGACAAUGGAACAGAGGAAGGAGUUGUUCAGAAGGCAGCAGAAAUGGGGACUGAAUACAUACCUUUAUGCACCCAAAGAUGACUACAAACACAGAAUGUUCUGGAGAGAGCUUUACUCAGUGGAAGAAGCAGAGCAACUUAUGACUUUAAUUGGUGCUGCUAAGGAGCAUGGGAUAGAGUUCAUCUAUGCCAUUUCCCCUGGACUAGACAUCACCUUCUCCAAUCAGAAAGAGGUUUCUGCACUCAAGAGGAAACUUGAUCAGGUUUCUCACUUUGGCUGCAAGUCAUUUGCCUUACUUUUUGAUGAUAUUGACCACAACAUGUGCCCUGCUGAUAAAGAGGUGUUCAGCUCAUUUGCACACGCUCAGGUUUCCAUUACAAACGAAAUCUACCAGUACCUGGGAGAGCCCGAAACCUUCCUCUUCUGUCCCACAGAGUACUGUGGGACUUUCUGCUACCCAAGUGUCUCUCAAUCCCCCUACCUCCACACAGUAGGAGAGAAGCUCCUACCUGGCAUUGAUGUGCUAUGGACAGGCCCCAAGGUUGUGUCCAAAGAUAUUACAGUGGAAUCAAUUGAGGAGGUGUCAAAAAUCCUAAAAAGAGCCCCAGUGAUCUGGGACAACAUUCACGCAAAUGAUUAUGACCAGAAGAGGCUUUUCUUGGGUCCAUACAAGGGGCGCUCCACAGAGCUCAUCCCCAGACUGAAAGGAGUCCUCACCAACCCAAACUGCGAGUUUGAGUCCAACUUUGUAGCGAUCCACACUCUGGCCACCUGGUACAAGUCUAAUAUGAAUGGCGUGCGCAAGGAUGUGGUCAUGACGGACGGUGAGGACAGCACAGUGUCCAUCCAGAUCAAGUUAGAGAAUGAGGGCAGUGAUGAAGAACUGGAGACAGACAUGCUCUACAGCCCACAGCUUGCUCUAAAACUGGCUCUCACAGAAUGGCUUGGGGAAUUUGGUGUGCCUCAUCAAUACAACAGCCGACAGGUGCCUCAGAGUGGUGCCAAGGGCACAGCCAUCGACGUGUCAUCCAUGGCUGCUCCCUCUCUCUGCUCCUCCACAACAGUCACGACUGUGUUCCAGCAGCCCAUCAUGUCUCCAGCCAUGCCGCCUCUCUGUCUGGAUCCACUCUCACACUCCAUGGCAAAAAGACCUCAGGAGGUAGAGGAGGUGGAGGUGGAGAAGAAGGAUUCAGAUGAGGAGCCCAUGGAGAUGGUGGUUGAGAAGCAAGAUGAGCCCGAGGCUGAAGCUGAAGCGGACCCAGAGGGGAAGCAUGUUGGUCCCAUCUUAGCUGAGAAGAUGGCUGAGGACCUGAAGCCCAUGGAUACAGACAAGGAGAGUCUGACAGAGUCAAAGUCCCCUGAAGAGUCACUCCAGGAGGACUCUGGGAGUGAUAUUGCUCCUAUGCAGACAGAUGAUCAGCUCAAACAAGUUCCGCAAACAUUUGAUGUGUUUGUGCCUGGGCCCAAUGAGAAGCCCCUGUUCACAGCAGAGCCCCUCACACUCGAGGACCUGAGCUUGCUGGCAGAGCUCUUCUACCUGCCUUAUGAACAUGGACCCAAGUCCAUGCAGAUGUUAAAGGAGUUCAACUGGCUGCGCGCCAACAGCAGUGUCGUCAGUGUCAACUGCAAGAGAAAGGAAACUGAAAAGGUAGCAGAAUGGCAAUUAAGGGCAGAGAAGUUUGAGGAGAUGUGCUGCUCCGUCAUCCAGAUGUUCACGCGGCUGUCCAAUUCAGCCAACCGCACCAUCCUGUACGACCUCUACCCUUACAUCUGGGACAUCAAGAGCAUCAUUUCUAUGGUCAAGUCUUUUGUCCAGUGGCUAGGGUGUCGUAGUCAGUCCUCAGCACAGUUCCUUAGAGGAGACCAAGAGCCCUGGGCCUUUAGGGGAGGUCUAGCAGGAGAGUUCCAGAGAUUGUUGCCAAUAGAUGGUGCAAACGAUCUUUUCUACCAACCUCCACCUUCAAUGCCAACCUCCAAAAUCUAUUCCAUAAGGCCAUACUUUCCCAAAGAUGAGGGUGCAGUUUAUAAAAUCUGUAAAGAAAUGUACUGUGAAGGAAUGGAGGAUGCACCUUUCUCUGAUGACGAUCCUGACCUCAUAGGAGACAGGUUAGUGGGAGGUCUCCUGACACUGAGCUCAGACUAUGGGUUUGUGCUCGAGGAUGAUGAAGGGAUCUGCGGUUAUGCUCUUGGAACUGUGGAUGUCAAGCCCUUCAUCAAGAAAUGCAAGUUGAACUGGAUUCCCUUCAUGCAAGAGAAAUACCACAAGCCUGACUGCCAGAAGGAUCUCACAGAGGCUGAGAAGAUGAUGCUGAGUUUCCACGAAGAGGAGGAGGGUCUUCCAGACUCUUUCCUCUCCAACUUCCCCUCUCUCAUUAAGGUUGAUAUUCACGCCAAGGUCACUGACCCCAGUGUGGCCAAAAGCAUGAUGGGAUGUCUUCUAUCUUCUCUAAAGGCCAACGGGUCCCAUGGUGCAUUUUGCAAGGUUCGUCAGACUGAUAAGAGAAUGUUGGACUUCUAUAGUAAGCUGGGAUGCUUUGAAGUGGCCAAAAUGGAGGGCUUUCCCAAAGACAUCAUCAUUAUGGGACGCAGCCUAUGAAGAAACGUCCUGCUACAAUGAAAGACAGAGAGAGCAAGUCAACGCGGCUCAAACAUGUUUGCUACCUUCAUGAGAAAAAACUUCCAUGAUGAUUUUAUACUACAUUACCAUCUGGGCUAGCCCCGGGAGACCUCUUUUUAGGAUUUGUGUACAGAAGCACAGCAGUCGCACACACAGAUUCCCUGUGCUGCCCUUAAAUGCUAUGGCUCUGUUGGAUUCAGCAGAUCCGAAGCUAAAAGGCCGAGGAGUGAUGUGUAGUCAGAUGAUUUGAGCCAACAUGGAAGAGUGGCACUCCAGCACUGAUUUCUGGGGUCCCACUACUCAUAUACCUCCAGGAGGCAGGAAGCGAUAACUCCAUAAGCCUUUUACUGAUUUAAUCCAGUAGCCAUUACAUGGAUUUUGCCCGCAUGCCCUAACGCAAAGUGUCUGUAUCUGAAAUGGAGGCAGAGCUGUGAAAUGAGGGCGGCCUGUAUCUCAGGUAGUGGCUCACUACCCCCACGUCCUGCUUUCCCAGCUUUGACGUAGAGAAUAGCACAGCUGUCGACAUAAGUAGGACACCUUUAUACAGGAUGUGAGGUGCUAUGUGAGAGUUUGCCUUUCAUCAUCACAUCAUGGUAUUUCCAGUUCCUCCACAAUAGACAUGGAGAAAAAUGCCUUUUAAGUGGCGUAUUUCUAACAAAACGUAAUGUGAAAUGCUGCGUCUGCACACGAGGAGGGUGAAACAUUGUAGCUUUCGGGGUUCAUGAAACCCUUGAUAGAAGAUCGUCACAGACCAGCAAAAUAUUUGUUGAGACUGUUGAAGACUCAACCGGGAGGCCAUCUGAAUUUCUGUUCAAGUAGUAGUAGUAGACAUUUGGAAAGCAACAGAAAAGCUUCCACGAGUUUACAAACAUGGUUUCUGUUUCUGUUCAGCGCUUUGCUUUUGGCAAUUUGUUUCUUUUUUUGUGAUUCAGCAGUUCUUUUGCUUAUUUCCCCUUUGAGCUAUUGCCUUUUGGUUCAUUGCCUUUGGAUUUUAGGUUUAUAUUGCAGACCCCUAGUGUCUUUUGUGUAAACGCUGUCAAACAUGUGUCAGAUAAAACUAGAGAAGAGUGAUUUUGAACAUUGGCCUUGUUGUUGCUUAAAUUCCAGAGACGUAGUCUGACAUUGACAGUCACAUGUCUUAGUUUUUUGCCCUGCCGGAUCCCAAACUUUAGCACAGACAUCCUUCAGUGAACCCUAGCCCUGACUGGUGGGGAUAUCGCUGUCAGAGAAAGCUCAGACUAGCUCAGUCUAGUUAACUUAUGUAAAAUUACUAAAUGUUAUGGAAAUUUUAAGUUUUGUCUUUUAUAAGUUUGUGUAAGUAGUUACAAUGUCAAGUUUACUUGUAUACACAGGUCCUCUUUGAAAGAAUGAAAACCAAAAUCAACAUUUCCUGAUGGCAGUAUCCAGUGGGACCAAAAUCCUGGUAUUCUGAUCUGCUCUAGAAAAACAUUUUUCAACAAUUCACAUUGAAAUUACAUGAGGUGAAAUGAUGUAAAAUCAUAAAAAUACAGAAGCAUUAACCUCCCACUGUCAUAAAGCUGCUCAGCUCUUCAUAACCACUAAUCCAAGACUUGUAAAUCAACCUGGACUGCAGUUGCAGAUGUGCCAUGCUAUAAAUCAUUGGUAAUGGUGAAUAAUCAGUUUACACCUGUCAUUCGUCUUCCCACCCUGCUCUGUUCUCAACAUUGCACACUCUCAAACGAAUGUCCUCUCAGUUGAGCCUUGGCGAGCGCACUAAGGAUCGCCGAGGCCGUUAAAUCCUGUCACCAAAUGUCACCAAAGUGGCACUGACUCCCACACUGUUGAACUGUAUUUGUGGGGGUGUGAAGCAGAUAUUUCUAGGCCUUUUACUAUGUGUCCGUUGAAUGUUUGAUAUUCUGACGCAUUUCCCAUUUGUUUUUGUAAAUCUAUAUAGUUGAUUUAAAAAAAGAAGCACUUUGACUAUAGUUAGGAGUGUUCUGUUGGUUACAUGAGGAUCAUCAGUUGCUCUUCAGUAGCUGCCUGCCAAUGUGAUGUUUUGAUACUGUGUACAUUCAUAAUGUGCAUGAGGUGUAUUGGAUUUGCUGUGGCAGUCAUUAGAAUAACCUCAUCUUAUGCUACAAAGAGGAGGAAGCAUGCCACUCACCUCUAUGAGCAUAAUACUGUAGUAUGUAGACAGUCUGUUAACACUGUCAAUCAUAAAGUGUUAUUAUUUUGUAUAUCUUUAUUGAAACUGUUGCUUGCAAUUUGUUUUUCUUCACGGAAAACAAAAUGCUGGCCUUGUUACAAUGCCCUGUCCUGUACAGCCGUCCUACCUGGCUGUUUUUCAGCAAGGUGUGAAACUCACUAACAGAUCUUCUGUUCGUCUCCUGAAACAACAGCAGAAUUUUCACACUUGUUUUAAAUGGUUAAUUUUGCAGUUUUCCGACAUUCUGACUUUCUCCUCUGCCAAGCGGGUUUGAUAGAAAAUGGGCUGUGACUAAGAGAAAGGGCUCCAAUUGUACGUUUUGAUUAUCUGAGUUUAAAGGGGACGGGGAUCAUACAAAUGUCAGUUUACCAAUGUAAAAUUUGUAUGUAAAAUACAUAAGAUUAAAAACUAAUAAAUCAUAAUAAGUUA